GGACAACUUGCUCAGGCUUUGAGUGAAAGACAACCGGGAAAGCUUCCAAGUCAACCUGAGGUAAAUCCUAAACAGCAUGAAGAUGCUAAUGCUAUUACUGUCUUGCGAAGUGGGAAAAAGGUGGACAACAAGAUUGAAUAUAAAGGGCUUGAUGGUGAGAGUCAUGAUGAACCUACAGUGGUGGUACCGAGUGCUCCCACCACACCUCAUGUUGAGAAGGAAAAGCCGGAAGAAGAGGUUAUUCCAACAGUGCCUUUUCCAUCUCGUCUUGCACCGGCUAAAAAACACAAGUAUAAUCGGGACAUUUUUGAAGUUUUGAAGAAAGUAGAGAUUAAUAUUCCACUUAUUGAGGCAAUUAAGUCUAUUCCCGCAUAUGCAAAAUUUUUGAAGGAGUUGUGCACUAACAAAAGAAAGAUUGGUGAUCAUGAAGAAGUAUUUCUCUCCGAAGAGACAAGUGCUAUUUUACAAAAGAAGCUCCCACCCAAAUUAAAAGAUCCGGGUAGCUUUACCAUUCCUUGUAUUAUUGGAGAGAAAGAAAUUGAAAAAGCCUUGAUGGAUCUUGGUGCGAGUGUGAAUAUCAUGCCUUAUUCUGUUUACACUACAUUGAAGAUCGGUGACCGGAAGUUACCUCCGGGUAUGACCACACAUGAGAAAAACAAGUUUCUAUCCUCCAUCAAAUAUUACUAUUGGGAUGAUCCUUAUUUAUUCAGAUGUUGUCCUGAUCAGAUUAUCAGACGAUGUAUUCCGGUUAAUGAGCAAGAAAAUGCUCAUUCUUUCUGUUUGACGUGUGAUCGAUGCCAACGAACCGGGAAUAUUUCAGCAAGAGAUCAAAUGCCAUUGAACAACAUAUUGACUAUUGAGCUAUUUGAUGUGUGGGGGAUUGACUUCAUGGGUCCAUUCCCCAAUUCCCAUGGAAAUCUAUAUAUUUUGGUGGCGGUUGAUUAUGUGAGUAAAUGGGUUGAAGCUCUACCGUGCAAAACCAAUGAUCAUGGUGUGGUUUUGCAUUUCUUGAAAAAUAUGAUCUUUGCAAGGUUUGGAACUCCAAGAGCUAUUAUUAGUGAUGGUGGAUCGCAUUUUUGCAACAAGUACUUUGAGAAGUUGAUGAAAAAAUGUGGGGUAACUCACAAGGUUGCUACACCUUACCACCCGCAAACGAGUGGCCAGGUGGAGAUAUCGAACCGGGAGAUCAAACAUAUUCUUGAGAAGACGGUUUCUUCUAGUAGAAAGGACUGGAGUAUUAAGCUUAAUGAUGCUCUUUGGGCUUAUCGGACUGCUUUUAAGACUCCUAUUGGCAUGUCUCCUUACCGGUUAGUCUUUGGGAAGCCUUGUCAUUUACCGGUAGAGCUGCAACAUCGAGCAUACUGGGCAAUCAAGGUUUUGAACUUUGAUCUCCAGGAAGCUGGCAAUAUGAGGAAGCUCCAACUUAAUGAGCUUGAUGAGCUGCGGAAUGACUCCUAUGAGAAUGCUAAAAUCUACAAGGAAAAGACCAAACUCUUUCAUGAUAAACAUAUCUCAAGGAAGGUAUUUGAAGCAGGUCAAAAAGUCUUGCUGUAUAAUGCUCGCCUUCGAUUUUUUCCGGGAAAGCUUCGAUCAAGGUGGAGUGGUCCGUAUGAGGUGAUUAAAGUUCUUCCUUAUGGCUCUGUAUUUAUCAAGGACCCUCGCACAAGUUUUGAGCAGCAAGUAAAUGGUCACCGCCUCAAGCCCUAUUUUGAGACCUCUUUUGAUAUGGAAAAGUACAAGUUACGCUUGGAAGAUCCUCCAUCCCUUUGAAGAUCUUAGCACCGCCACGUCUGGCUGAAGACAUUAAACUUAGCGCUA